AUGGAUGAGCGUCCGUCAAAGAAGCGCAAGGUUCGGAAGGGGACGCGCAGCUGUUGGCAGUGCAGGAAGAGAAAGAUUCGCUGCGAAUUCGCUUCCAACGACGACCAGACUUGUGCCGGUUGCAAGAUCCGAGGGACAACCUGUGUUAGCCAAGAAUUCACCGACGAUGAGCCCUCCGGUCCUCCCGAGCGUGGUCUGGCCCAGCGCCUCGGCCGUCUCGAGGAGUUGAUGGUCAAGCUGGCCGACAAGAUGGGCCCGGAAAUCUCGAAUGCCAAGGUGGCCAUCACACCCGCGUCGUCGGUUGAUGGCUCUCUUCGCACAUCGGACUCUCUGCCUAGCCCCGACAGUAGGAUACGGGCAACAGAUAGUGCUGAUGUGAUGCCGUCCGUUAUUGAUUUGACACCGUCCCAGCCGACACCCGAGUCUCUUCAGUCUCUCCCAAAGCACGAGAGAAUAUGCAGAGACCUUGUUUCCAGGUUUCCUUCGCCCCGUGAUGCCAAAACCAUUGUCGAGUCAAGCAGGGGUCCGGUGUUUGUCUUGAUCCUCUUCUAUACGUAUCAGGACAUCGUCAAUGGCAAACCGCCGCCGACGGCCGCUCUUGCAGAGAUUCCCGACGUUUCCAAGCACCCUGCUAUCUUGGCCAAACACCUACUGCAAUUGACUAUAUGCCUCCAGCAGCUGCCGCCCUGCUUCGAUGCAUCCAAGCUCGGCUUCAAGAAAUCCAUCCAGGACACCAUGUCCGAGUGGGUGACGGCCGCAAGCCAGCUUACCUCGAAUGACGAACUGGUCGGCUCUGCAGAAGGCUUAGAGUGUCUCGUCUUGCUGGGCUUCUACCUGGUCAACUCUGGAAAUCUUCGCAAGGCCUGGCUUGCCAUGCGUAGGGCCCUAAGCUUGGCUCAGUUGAUCGGCAUCGAACGCAACGGCAGCCGACCCCUGAAGUCAUGCGACCCAGCCGCUAACCCCGCGACAUUGCCGUCAUCACAUCAGAUCUGGUACCGAAUCAACUUCUGUGACCGGUACCUGUCACUUCUCCUCGGCCUACCCGCAGGUACGCAAAACAAUAGUUUCAUGGCCGAUAAUUUGAUUGCAAAUGACACGCCCAUGGAGAAGUUGGAGAAACGAUUCGCCGCCAUAUCUCUUCGCAUCAUCGACAGGAAUCAUGCGUCUCCCAACGAAGCAUAUGCCAUGACCCAGUCAAUCGACUGCGAGCUUGAGACGGCGAUAAAUACGAUGGGCAGAGGAUGGUGGGAAAUUCCACCCUUGCCAGACUGCACCGAUAUAACAACUCAUAUGAGCACCAUGUCCCAUCUGAUGCUGCAGAUUCAUCAUCACAGUUUGCUCAUCCUCCUACACCUCCCCUAUAUGCUUCGGAAUACGGCCAACAACCGCUACGACUAUAGCAAGAAGACGUGCUUGGAAUCCAGCCGUGCAGUGCUGAAACGCUGUGUGAUAUUCCGUACUGCGAACAAUGCCGCGUUCUCCUGCCGUCACAUUGAUUACUCCUCGUUAAUAGCCGCCAUGACGCUCUUGCUUGGACACAUCAGCCGGCCCCCUGGAGCUCGCGAUGAAGAGUGGGCGCAACAGCGGGGAGAGGACCGGGCGUUGGCCCAAACGGUCAUGGCCAAGAUGGAAGAGCUGGCCACCCUGAACGACGAUAAGUUGUCGGGAGAGAGCGCGCAAAUUAUCAAGCAGCUCCUGCCAAUCAUCGACUGCUGCAACAGCUGCAUGACCCAAAAGCCGGACGAGGAAUGGAACGUCCGGCUGAGCAUUCCUUACCUUGGAACCAUCAACAUUAAUAACUCUUUGAACCAAGAUGCCAAAUCCCAUACGCUGGACCUUUCGCACUCUGAGCUCCCAACGCCCUCGAACACUACCACAGUCUCGCCAGAAUCCUUCCCCCCAAGCACGGAGACACCUCCCGUAGCGCCUGUGGAAUUCCUCCUGGGCCAGAAUCUAGUCCCUCAGGAAGACAUCAGCGGCGGAUUUAGUACUGAUUAUCUUGGAUGGCCGUGCCCAGGUAUCACAGCCGAGGCAGGUGACUGGACCUUUCAGGGCGUCGACACGACAUAUUGGUCAUUAUUGAACAGCGGCAUGACUAGUGAUUUUUCCCAGUGA